CUACGGAUUUGUGCGAGGAGUUCUGUUGAUUAGGAUGAAACCAAGGAAAUUUUAGGGAAAAAAUCUGUUUACUGAAUACAUCUGUACUAAAGCGUAUAAAUUUUCAAGAACCUUCCGUACUGGUACACUCCGAUGAGGGCUUCACCUAACAGAAUCAUGGCUCUUAGCUUGUCAAAUGCUACUGCUCGGGAAUGGUUUGCAAAGACGAGGGAUGGAAUUCGUCCAUGGGGAGAGUUCAUAAACACUGGAAGAUUUCAGACCCCAAAAUCUGUCGCUCCUAUGCCUAAAAGAAUUAUUAAAAAUAUUGAACAUUUUCAGAGCAACUACUUGUUUGUGUUCAUUGGCCUUGUUGUGUUCUGCAUAUUGACCUCUCCGAUGUUACUCAUUGCCAUAGCAGCUUGUCUAGGAGCGUGUUACAUAAUCAGCCUAAAGAACCGAGAUAACAAACUUAAAAUUAUGGGUCGAGAACUAAGUUUAGCUCAGCAGUAUGGCGCAGUUGGUUUAUGUUCAUUUCCCCUAUUCUGGUUGGCUGGUGCAGGAUCUGCAGUCUUCUGGGUUAUUGGUGCCUCAUUCUUCGUGAUUAUGUUACAUGCCUCAUUCUAUACUCCUGGAGAUGAAGGAGAACCAUUUGAUCUGGAAAUGGAACCAGUCUAAUGUUCAUAUUUAACAGUGACAUUGAAGUAACCUUGACCUUGCCUGAUGAAACAAUAAUGUUUUAAGAAGAGUGUAUUAUAUGUGGAUAUGUUUUUAAAGCAGCUCAUCUUCAGAUAAGUAACUGGAAAAUUACGAUGGCGUCAGUAAACAGAAGAGUUCAAAGUAUAGAUAUGUGGAUUUUCCAAUUCUGCUUGAUAAAUUAUAAAUCAUAAAUUUUCUUCAGUUACAAGUUUGCUUGUUACAUAAUAUGCUAUAUGUUGGAUUAGGUGUAAUAUUACCACAAUUAUAGUAAUAGAUCAGUCCUCUAUUAGUGGACCUGAAGUGGCAUUGUUCACAAACAAACAAGUCUGGUACACAACAGAAGACAAUAUUAAUUGCGAUUUAAAGGAAUUCAUAAUUUUUAAGAGAUGAAAUAUUACAAUGGUUACUCAUCAGGAGGAAUGCUGCUAUAAUAAGACUGUGAUUGUGGUAAUUGAGUGAUCAUUAUAUAACUGAAAUACAGAACAAUGUAUGUAAACUACAUUCAUACUCGAUUACUUAUUUAUUGAUGCAUUAAAGCUCACCUGAGAACAACUUGCUCAGGUUGAGCUAUUGUGAUCGCUCACCGUCCACUCUAGUAGUCCUCUACCAAGAUUGUUCAGAUUAUCCCCCUAGGGUCAAAUAUGGCCUGGGGUCACAUGGUUUGCGUAGACUUAAAACUUUGAAAAUCUUCUUGUCCAAAACCACAGGGACUAUGGCUUUGAUAUUUGGUAUGUAGCAUCAUCUAGAGGUCCUCUACCAAGAUUGUUCAAAUUAUCCCAACCUAGGGUCAAAUAUGAUCCGGCCCUAGGUGUCACAUGGGGUAUAUAGACUUGUAUAGGAAAAAACUUUGAAAAUCUUCUUGUCCAAAACCACAGGGCCUAGGGCUUUGAUGUUUUGUGUGUAACAUCAUCUAGUGGUUCUUUACCAAGAUUUUUCAAAUUAUCCCUCUAGGGUCAAAUAUGGCCCCGCCCUAGAGGUCACAUGGUUUAUAUAGACUUAUAUAAGAAAAACUUAGAAAAUCUUCUUGUAGAAAUUUGAACGACCUGUAUAAUUUUUGAUACAGAUUUCAGUGCUAAUCUUGAAUAGUCUAAUCUUGACCUACUGACCUACUUUCUUGAUUUGAAGGUACAGCAUUGAAGUUUGGACCACCUGUGUAACUUUCGAUACAGAUUUCAACACUUAUCUUUAAUAUUCUUAACCCUGACAUUCUUUUUAGCUCCACUAUUCAGAGAAUAGGGGGGGCUAUUCUACUCACCCCGACGUCGGCGUGUGCUUUCUUGGUUAAAGUUUUUCGGCAACCUUUGUUUUUCUGUCAUAUCUUUGUUACUGUUGCUUAUAUCUUACUGUUACUUCACAUAAUCAUUGUCCAGCAUACAAACAAAGUAUGUGCAGGGGCUGGGCCCAUUAUACGUAAGGUCAAGGUCACCAAGGUGUUAUACUUUGGUUAUUUUUAAGGUUACAGUUUUUCGGCAACCUUUGUUUUUCUGUCAUAACUUUGUUACUAUUGCUUAAAUCUUACUGUAAGUUCACAUAAACAUUGUCCAGCAUACAAACAAAGUAUGUGCAGGGGCUGGGCCUAUUAUACCCAAGGUCAAGGUCACCAAGGUGUUAUACUUAGGUUAUUUUUAAAGUUAAAGUUUUUCGGCAACCUUUGUUUUUCUGUCAUAUCUUUGAUACUAUUGCUUAUAUCUUACUGUAAGUUCACAUAAACAUUGUCCAGCAUACAAACAAAAUAUGUGCAGGGGCUGGCCCAUUGUACCCAAGGUCAAGGUCACCAAGUUGUUAUACUUGGAAUUUGUCAUGUUAAAUUUUUUCGAAAGCUUUGUUUAUAGACGUAUCUUUGGUACUUUUAAAAGAUAAUGACUUGGAAUUAAAAUUUUUUCUUUAUAAUCAUCAUUUACAUGUGUGGUUACAAUCCCUAUAACUCUAAUUGUAUUUUUGACAGAAUUAUGCCCCUUUCAUAUUUAAAGUUUUUUCACAAACUUCGUUUUCUUGAUAAUAUAAGAUAAAAGCUUGAAACUUAUAAUGUAUCUUUAUCAUCAUCAUCUGCAUGUGUGGUAACAGUCCCCAUAACUCUUGAUUUGUAUUUUUGACCAAAUUAUGCUCCUUCCAUACUUAAAUUUUUGACAAACUUCGUUUUCUGGACAUAACUUUGGUAUUAUAUAAGAUAAUGACUUGAAACUCCCCUAACAAUCCCAGUAACUCUGAUUUGUGUUCUUAACAGAAUUAUUGGUGUAUCUUCCUGUUAAAGUAGAGGUCUCUUAUUGAGACAUAUAUUCAUUUUACAGUAAAAUCGCAGAAUAGUGGAUUGCGCUGUCUUACGGACAGCUCUUGUUUCAGGUGAGUUUUUGUGAUAGCUCAAUAUCCGUCGUCUUGUCGUCUGUCUGUCAACAUUUAGCUUGUGUAUGUGAUAGAGGCUAUAUUUUUCAGCUGAUCUUCAUGAAAUUUUGUCAGAAUGAUAUCCUUGAUGAAAUCUAGGCCAAGUUCGAAAAUGGGUCAUCUGGGAUCAAAAACUAGGUCACUAGGUCAGAUCAAAGAAAAACCUUGUGUAUGCGAUAGAAGCUGUAUUUUUCAAUUGAUCUUCAUGAAUUUUAUUCAGAAUGAUUGCCUCUAUGAAUUCUAGGUCAAGUUCGAAUAUGGGUUAUCUUGGGUCAAAAACUAGGUCACUAGGUCAUAUCAAAGAAAAAGCUUGUGUAUGCAAUAUGGACUGCAUUUUAUACCAAAUCUUCAUGAAAUUUGAUCAGAAUGUUUGUCUUGAUGAAAUCUAGGUCAAAUUUGAAUGUGGGUCAUCUGGGGUCAAAAACUAGGUCACCUGGUCAAAUUAAAGAAAAACCUUGUGUACGCCAUAGGGGCUGCAUUUUACACUGGAUAUUCAUAAAAUUUAGUCAGAAUGAUUGCCUUGAUGAAAUCCAGGAGGAUUUCGAAUAUGGGUCAUCUGGGAUCAAAAACUAGGUCAAAUCAAAGAAAAACCUUUUGUAUGCAAUAGAGACUGUAUUUUUCAACUGAUCUUCAUGAAAUUUUGUCGGAAUGAUUACCUUGAUGAAAUCUAGGCCAAGUUUGAAAAUGGGUCAUCUGGAUUCAAAAACUAGGUCACUAGGUAAAAUGAAACAAAAACCAUGUGUAUGUGAUAGAGGCUGUAUUUUUCAUUUGAUCUUCAUGAAUGUUGGUCAGUAUGAUUGCCUUGAUGAAAUGUAGGUCAAGUUCGAAUAUGGGUCAUCUUGGGUCAAAAACUAGCUCACUAGGUCAAAUCAAAGAAAAACCUUGUGUAUGCAAUAGGGGCUGCAUUUUACACUGGAUUUUCGUGAAAUUUGAUCAGAAUGUUUGUUUGGAUGAAAUCAAGGUCGAGUUUGAAUAUGGGUCAAAAACUAGGUCACCCGGUCAAAUUAAAAUUCAAAUAUGGGCCAUCUGGGAAACAUGUUUACACUGUUAUGAUGUGUUUCUCAGGUGAGUGACCUAGGGCCAUCUUGGCCCUCUUGUUUUUUGAAGCUACAGCAAAGAGAUCUGGACCAUCUGUAUAAUUUCUUUACAGAUUUCAGUAGUUAUCUUGAAAAAUCCUUACCAUAAUCUUUGUUUUUGAAGCUUUAGCAAAGAAAUUUGUUUAAGCAAGCAACUAAACUCAGGUGAGCGAAAGAAGACCAUCAUGGCCCUCUUGUUUACAGUUACGCUGUAUUUGAAUGAAAAAAUACUGUUAUUGAUUAUCUAUAGAGGAUAUUUCUAUGUUUGCACAUGUUACAAACAUGUAGCUAUACUUACAUAGAAACUGAAGCUAAUCAUGCAUUUACAUAAAAAUGAACAGUGUUAACUUGACUGGAAAGUUUGUUAAUAAGUAAGAAUUGAUCUUGCUCAGUUCUUUUUAAUUAUACUCCUACAGUUUGGUUUUGCUGACCAUGAAUAUUUAGAAAGGUAACAUGUUAUGGACAAAAUGUAUUGAUUUACAAUUGCUUUUUUGACUGCUUAGUGUCUGUCGUCCGCCGUGCAUCCAUCAACAAUUUCUUAAAAAAAUCUUCUUUUUCAAAACCACUCUGCAGAUUUACAUCAAACUUAACAGUAAUGAUUCUCGGGUGGCCGCCUUUCAAAAUUGUUCAAAGAAUUGAAUUCCACACAGAACUCUUGUUGCCAGUUGCUUGUAACAGAAAGGAAAAACUUUAAGAUCUUCUUGUCCAAAACCGCAAGGCAUAGAGCCUCAAUUAUUGGCAUGUGACAUCAUCUAAUGGUCCUUUAUAAAGAUUGUUCAAAUUAUGUCCCUGGGGUGAAAAGAGGCCCCAACCCUGGUGUCCCAAAUUUUACAUAGACAUAUAUAGGAAAAAAGUUUUAAAAUCUUCUUGUCUGAAACCACAAGACCUAGGCCUUGAUAAUUGAUAUGUAGCAUUGCCUUAUGAUCCUCUACCAAGAUUAUUCUAAUUGUUACCCUGGGGUGAAAAGAGGCCCUGUCCCGGGUCAUAGACUUAUAUAACAAAAAACUUUAAAAAUCUUCUUUUCUGAAACUGCUAGACCUAGGCUUUUGAUAAUUGGUAUGUUGCAUUUGCCUAGUGGUCCACUACUGAAAUUGUUCAAAUUAUGCCCCUGGGAUGAAAAGAGGCCCUAGCCUUUGUGUCCCAAGUUUUACAUAGACUUAUAUAGGAAAAAAGUUAAAAAAAAAUCUUCUUGUUUGAAAGUUUAAGACCUAGGCCUUUGACAUUUGAUAUGUAGCAUUGUCUAGUUGUUCUCUAACAAGAUUAUUCAAAUUAUGCCCCUGGGGUGAAAAGGGGUCACUUAUAUAUGAGUUAAAUAGGAAAAAAUAAUUCAAAAAUUAUCUGAUCAUAUUUCGUAGACUGUUUAAUUACAAUUACCUGAUGACCCCAAGUAAUUAGGGGUCACUUGACUGUGACCUUGACUUACUGACCUACUUUCUUGUUUUUAGCUCACCUGAGCCAAAGGCUCAUGGUGAGCUAUUGUGACCGCUCAAUGUCCGUCGUGCGUCGUGUGUCCAUCAACAUUUUCUAAAAAAAUCUUGAAAACCACUGGGCAGAAUUACACCAAACUUCACAAGAAUGAUCCUUGGGUGGCCCCCUUUCAAAAUUAUUCAAAGAAAUGAAUUCCAUGCAGAACUCUGGUUGCCAUGGCAACCGAAAUGAAAAACUUUAAAAAUCUUCUUCUCAAAAACCAGAAGCCCUAGAGCUUAGAUAUUUGGUAUGAAGCAUUGCCUAGUGGACCUCUAGCAGAUUUGUUCAAAUCAUGACCCCGGGAUCAAAAUUGACCCCGCCCCAGGGGUCACUUGAUUUUACAUAGGAAAAUCUUAAAAAAUCUUCUUCUCAAAAACCAGAAGCCCUAGAGCUUAGAUAUUUGACAUGUAGCAUUGCCUAGUGGACCUCUACUAAAAUUGUUCAAAUCAUGACCCCGGGAUCAAAAUUGACCCCGCCCCAGGGGUCACUUGAUUUUACAUAGGAAAAUUUUAAAAAAUCUUCUUCUCAAAAACCAGAAGCCCUAGAGCUUAGAUAUUUGACAUGUAGCAUUGCCUAGUGGACCUCUACUAAAUUUGUUCAAAUCAUGACCCCCAGGGUCAAAAUUGACCCAGCCCCAGGGUCACUUUAUUUUACAUAGGAAAAUCUUCAAAAAUUUUCUAAAAAUAAACCAGAAGCCUCUAGAGCUUAGAUAUUUCAAAUGUAGCAUUGCCUAGUGGACCUCUACAAAAUUUGUUCAAAUCAUGACCCCCGGGGUCAAAAUUGACCCAGCCCCAGGGUCACUUUAUUUUACAUAGGAAAAUCUUCAAAAAUUUUCUAAAAAUAAACCAGAAGCCUCUAGAGCUUAGAUAUUUCAAAUGUAGCAUUGCCUUAUGAUCCUCUACCAAGAUUAUUCUAAUUGUUACCCUGGGGUGAAAAGAGGCCCUGUCCCGGGUCAUAGACUUAUAUAACAAAAAACUUUAAAAAUCUUCUUUUCUGAAACUGCUAGACCUAGGCUUUUGAUAAUUGGUAUGUUGCAUUUGCCUAGUGGUCCACUACUGAAAUUGUUCAAAUUAUGCCCCUGGGAUGAAAAGAGGCCCUAGCCUUUGUGUCCCAAGUUUUACAUAGACUUAUAUAGGAAAAAAGUUAAAAAAAAAUCUUCUUGUUUGAAAGUUUAAGACCUAGGCCUUUGACAUUUGAUAUGUAGCAUUGUCUAGUUGUUCUCUAACAAGAUUAUUCAAAUUAUGCCCCUGGGGUGAAAAGGGGUCACUUAUAUAUGAGUUAAAUAGGAAAAAAUAAUUCAAAAAUUAUCUGAUCAUAUUUCGUAGACUGUUUAAUUACAAUUACCUGAUGACCCCAAGUAAUUAGGGGUCACUUGACUGUGACCUUGACUUACUGACCUACUUUCUUGUUUUUAGCUCACCUGAGCCAAAGGCUCAUGGUGAGCUAUUGUGACCGCUCAAUGUCCGUCGUGCGUCGUGUGUCCAUCAACAUUUUCUAAAAAAAUCUUGAAAACCACUGGGCAGAAUUACACCAAACUUCACAAGAAUGAUCCUUGGGUGGCCCCCUUUCAAAAUUAUUCAAAGAAAUGAAUUCCAUGCAGAACUCUGGUUGCCAUGGCAACCGAAAUGAAAAACUUUAAAAAUCUUCUUCUCAAAAACCAGAAGCCCUAGAGCUUAGAUAUUUGGUAUGAAGCAUUGCCUAGUGGACCUCUAGCAGAUUUGUUCAAAUCAUGACCCCGGGAUCAAAAUUGACCCCGCCCCAGGGGUCACUUGAUUUUACAUAGGAAAAUCUUAAAAAAUCUUCUUCUCAAAAACCAGAAGCCCUAGAGCUUAGAUAUUUGACAUGUAGCAUUGCCUAGUGGACCUCUACUAAAAUUGUUCAAAUCAUGACCCCGGGAUCAAAAUUGACCCCGCCCCAGGGGUCACUUGAUUUUUACAUAGGAAAAUUUUAAAAAAAAUCUUCUUCUCAAAAACCAGAAGCCCUAGAGCUAAGAUAUUUGACAUGUAGCAUUGCCUAGUGGACCUCUACUAAAUUUGUUCAAAUCAUGACCCCCAGGGUCAAAAUUGACCCAGCCCCAGGGUCACUUUAUUUUACAUAGGAAAAUCUUCAAAAAUUUUCUAAAAAUAAACCAGAAGCCUCUAGAGCUUAGAUAUUUCAAAUGUAGCAUUGCCUAGUGGACCUCUACAAAAUUUGUUCAAAUCAUGACCCCCGGGGUCAAAAUUGACCCAGCCCCAGGGUCACUUUAUUUUACAUAGGAAAAUCUUCAAAAAAUUUCUAAAAAUAAACCAGAAGGCAUAGAGCUUAGAUAUUUCACAUGUAGCAUUGCAUAGUGGACCUCUACAAAAUUUGUUCAAACAUGAACCCCGGGGUCACUUGAUUUCACAUAGGAAAAUCUUCAAAAAAUUUCUAAAAAUAAACCAGAAGGCCUAGAUCUUAGAUAUUUGACAUGUAGCAUUGCCUAAUAGACUUCUACAAAAUUUGUUCAAAUCAUGACCCCCGGGGUCAAAAUUGACCCUGCCCCAGGGGUCACUUGAUUUUACAUAGGAAAAUCUUCAAAUAUUUUCUAAAAAUAAACCAGAAGGCCUAGAUCUUAGAUAUUUGACUUGUAGCAUUGCCUAGUAGACUUCUACAAAAUUCGUUCAAAUCAUGACCCCCGGGGUCAAAAUUGACCCCGCCCCAUGGGGUUACUUGAUUGUACAUAGAAAAAUCUUCAAAAUUUUCUAAAAUUAAACCAGAAGGCCUAGAGCUUAGAUAUUUGACAUGUAGCAUUGCCUAGUGGGCCUGUACAAAAUUUGUUCAAAUCUUGACCCCCCUGGGUUAAAUUGACCCAGCCCCAGGGUAUACUUGAUUGUACAUAGGGAAAUCUUCAUAAAUUUGCUAAAAAUAAACCAGAAGGCUUAGAUCUUAGAUAUUUGAUAUGUAACAUUGCCUAGUAGACUUCUACAAACUUUGUUCAAAUCAUGACCCCUGGGGUAAAAUUGGCCCCCCGCCCCAGGGGUUACUUGAUUGUACAUUGAAAAAUUUUCCAAAAAAUUUCUAAAAAUCAUCAGUUUGACAUUUGAAACAUGUAGCUCAUAUUACUCAGGUGAGCGAUCCAGGGUCAUCAUGACCCUCUUGUUUAAGGUACAGCUGAAAUUUGGAUGACACAUACAGUUUUGCACACUGAUCUUUACACUGACUUUCAGUGACCAUGAAUGUGACCUACUGACUUACUUUCUUAAUAUUUUAGCGUCAGUUUGACAUUUGCAACAUGUAGCUUAUAUUACUCAGGUGAGCGAUCCAGGGUCAUCAUGACCCUCUUGUUUGAAGUUUUGACUUUAGAAUAAAUUUUGUGAAGUCUUAACAUAAUUUUUAAGUGGUCAGAUUAUUCUACAUAUUAUGCACAGGGGCUAUCAUCCUUUCUCCUCUAUUUUUCUAAUCAGACUAUAAUUUAUUAGAAAAUUACCAUUUUUCAGGAGUCAUUAUUUUUCAUAACCCUUUGGUGGCAUGUUGUGGAAAAAUGUCCCCUAAAACUAAAACCAGGCAGUAUGACAAAAAUCGAUGUGUUAGGCUUGCAAAAAUAUGGGCAUUAGAUAUUGAAUAUUCUUGGAUGGUGGGGGAGGAGGGGAGUUUUGUCUGUGAUACUUGUCAGUGCAAGAAUACCAUAUGUACGAUUGUCUUUGCAAUACAUAUUUACAGAUCUGAAUGCUGGAAUUUAAAUUUCAAAGAAGGAACUGAAGAUAUUGUUGUAUACCCAAUGACAAAAAUUGGAGUAAACAUUGAUAUGAGUUACCUUCUGACUCAUUUCAAAUAAAGCUUCACUUUUAUUCAAAGCAAAGGCAAUUAGUGAUUAUGGUAUGGCCAAAUCAAUAUUGCUAUAUUUGAUAACUAUGUUGAUUUUAACCAGAACAUUGAAAUAAGCUGUCAUUUCUCAAAUGUUUGCUUAAAGUAGCAAAUUUUUUUCUACUCUAAGAAAACUAAGGCCUCUGAUAUUAAUGAAGAAUCUCUACACUGUUUUCCCCCAAGUUGCCCAUGUUUGUGAGUCACUGUUUUGUAAAUAAUAUCAGAAAUGAUAUGUGGGUUGAUUAUGUUGAAAUUGCAUAUACUGUGAAAUCAUUUUUAUUGGAGUAGGACGAAUUUUUGCAUAUUACUCGCUAGGAAGGAUUCACAAAUUUAAGACCAUGCCAUCUUUUAUCAAAUACGAUUAAACUAAAAAUUUAUCCGCUAUAAAAAGACAUAAAAUAGUUAUCGAAAUUUAUUUCCUAUCAGAAAUAUAUGUAUAUUUUACAUGCUUGUAUUUCAAUAUUUCUCAAAAUAUCACAGUUUAUCUGCAGUUAAUAAAAGGUUGUCAUGAUAGAAUUUUUUUUUUUUCUACAAAAAUUAAAGAUGUAAACUUAUUUAAUUAAUAACAUUAAUCAUGUGUUAAUUAGUUACAUGUAUAUUUGGCUUACCAUUUUUCUUUGUGAAUACUUCAGAUACUAGUGCUAGUGUAAUGUUGUUAACAUCCUCUUACAAAGGCUAAAAAGUAUAUAAUAUGUAUAGUGAUUAUUCACAUGUGCUUUUGUUGUUUCCAGAGUAAUUGGACACAAGCUACUCAUAAAAAGACUUCAGUGAUCUCUUUUAUUUAAAAUGAUCCUUUGAUAUUUUGUCACAAUUUAGGUAACCAUAGUAUCAGUUAACUGAAAUUACCAGUUAGACUGUUAUUACAUUUAUUCAGCAGGGUUAUUAAAAUGACCGCUUUAAUUGACGGGUAUACAAUAUAAUGGUACAUGAUAAUGACACAUGAGGUACUGGUGACUUUAUUUUUAGCCCACCAUAACUUUGUUCAGGGUGAGCUAUUAGUAUAGGUGGAUGGUCCAGCAUCCGUUGUCUUGUGUCAACAUUUUAUACUUAAACAUCUUCUCCUCUGAAACUACUGGUCAGAAUUACACCAAACUUGGUCAGUAACAUCCUGACAUGGACCUUUAUCAAGUUUGUUCAAAUGGUUCACCUUGGCCCAUUUUAGGGGCCACCAGAGCUAAAAAUAGAAAAACCUUAAAAGAACUUCUUCUAAUGAACUGCAUGAUGGAUUUUUACCAAACUUGGUCCGUAGCAUCAUUAUAAGGCCAUCUUAAGGACCACGGCAGCUAAAAAUAGAAGAAACCUUUAAAAGUCUUCUUCUCAGGAACCACUCAAUGGAUCUUCAUUUGACUUGGUCUGUAGCAUCGUUAUAAGGUCCCCUACCAAUUUUUUACAUAUCGAGGGUUCAACGCAAUAAGGGCGUUAUCUACAUAUGAUUAUUAUAUGUAGAUACGCCCUUAUUGCAUUGAACCCUCGAUAUGGGGGCACUUGGCCCCUUUUAGGAGCCACUAGAGCUAAAGUUAAAAUACCUUUUAAUAAGUUCUUCUCAUGAACUGCUGGAUGAAUCUUCAUCAAACAUGGUUUAUAGCACCAUUAUAAGGUCCUUUCCCAAUUUUGUUCCAAUAUGGACGAUUGGCCCCUUUUAGGGGCUACUAGAGCUAAAAUUAGAAUUGCCUUUAAAUGACUCCUUCUCAUGAACCACUUGAUGGAUCUUAAUCAAACUUUAUUUGUAGCAUCAUUAUAAUGUCCUUCAUCAACAUUGUUCAGUUUGGGGCACUUGGUCAAUUUUAGGGGCUGCUCGAGUUAAAAAUAGAAAUACCUUGAAACAACUUCUCAUGAACCGCUUGAUGGAUCUUCAUCAAACCUGGUCUAGAGGAUCAUUAUAAGGUCCUUUCUCAAAUUUGUUCAAUGUAGGGAGGGGUGGGGGGGCACUUAGCCCCAUUUCUGGGCCACUUGAACUAAAAAUAGAAAUACCUUUGAAAGACUUUUUCUCAUGCACUGCUGAAUGGAUCUUCGUCAAACUUGGCCUGUAGUGGCAUUAGAGUGUCCUCCCCCAGUUUAUUCCAAUGGGAGCAGUUGGCCUCUCUUUAGGUGCUGUUAGAGUUAAAAAUAAAAAUAUCUUUAACAGCUACUCAGGAACUGCUCAGUGGAGUUUCAACAAACUUGGUGUUUAGUAUCAUUAUAAGGUCCUCUCCAGUAUUUGUUAAAUUUUGUGCACCUGGCCCCUUUUAGGGGGCACUAAUAUUAAAACAAGAAAUGCCUUUAAAUGACUUCUUCUCAUGAGCUGCUUGAUGGAUCUUCUUCAAAAUCAUUUGUAGCAUCAUUAUGAGGUCCUCAAUUGGAGACACUUGGCCCAUUUUAGGGGCUGCUGGAGUUAAAAAUAUUUUAACUAACUUCUUAUCAACUACUGGAUGGGUCGUCAUUAAACCUUGUCUGGAGCAUCAUUAUAAGGUCCUUUACCAUAUUUGUUUAGUUGAGGGCACUUGGCCCCUUUUUUGGGGCCACUAGAGCUUAAAAUGAAAAUACCUUUAAAGUGCUUCUUCUCAUGAACGGCUUGAUGGAUCUUUGUCAGACUUAGUCUGUAACAUCAUUAUUAAGGUCUUAUGUCAGAUUUGUUAAAAUGGGGGCACUUUACGUGGCCACUAUAGUUAAAAUAGAAAUACCUUUAAAUGAUUUCUUCUGAUUACUGGUAUGUGUUUUUGGUGCAUGACAGCAAAUAUAGAAAAAAUUCAAAUAACUUUAGUUUUAAUGAACAGCUUAUAGGAUAGUUAGAAGCAAAGUCAGAUGGUUAAUGUUUUCUUCAAGUAGCGACUUAGGCCCAUUUGAGCCUCUUGUGUUAUUUUGAAAUUUAAAAUGUGCUAAUUUAAUUCCAUGCGAAACUGUCUUGUUUGCUGUUCCAAAUGCAAAUUCAAAUGACUUCACAGUAUAUAUGAUGUAUGAAAUUAUUUUUAUAUGCUAUUUGAUCAGUUUGAUUUAUAGAAAUGUGAUAGUUAGUUGUUUUGAUUAAUUUAUGAUAUAUUUAUAUAUCUUACUUACCAUAUUAAUUUAAAAUAUAGAUUGUAGAAAGUGGAAAUGUUAACUUAAACUGAAAUAGAGAUCUACUUUUUAAAAUGCUCACUUUCAUAACUGUGAUUGAAGCAUAUGACAUAAUAAUUAAAUUUUGAUGGAGGAUCUAGCUCUUUAAGUCACUCUUACUUGCAUAGGAACUUUCAAAAUAAAAGUAAAAUAUU